CAUGGGGGUACACCAUUGAGAAAUAUACUAAGCAAAGCAACAUAGCGUAGCGUCUGUCUGUCCUUGGAAGUAUCAAAAACCCCAUGACAGUUGCAGUCUCCAGUAGAGGAGAGAUUUUAUGCAGCCUUCAUUCACUCAUCACUCUCUUUUCUCGUGAAAAUAUAGCCUUACGUGAGAGAGAAGAACAAUUCCUCCUCUCUCUCUCUCUCACACCACCUGUAACAAGAAAUACUUAGUACCAUCUACUCUCUUUUCUUGAUUCUUUAAUAUACACUUUCUUUCCACUCGCAUAGGGUCUGCCUCCAGAGUCUUUUUCUUCUUGUUUUGUUUGGCUCUGAUAAAUUAGGGGGGUGCAUUCACAGCCCAUGUUGUAUAAUGUAGGCCUCUUGUUCUGCUUCUUUUUGUUUUCUUCUCCUUGUUUUGGCUUUCUUUUAUAUGUGGGUCUCCGGUUUUUUUUAUCACAUUUCUUUGAUUUCCGCAUUUCCCUCAGCCCCUAAAUUUGAGGGAUUUGUUUGCUUUACAUUGCUUUGAUUCCACUAAAUCUCAAAUGGUUUUCCCUUAAAAUGUUGAAAACUGAUUUGGGGUUCGCAUUUUUGGGCUUGUUCUUGGUGAAACCGAAACAUUCUCAGUUGCUUUUCGCUUAAGUUCCCGAGUCUUCACUGAAGUGGGGGGUAUUUUAAAACUGUGAUUCUUUGAUCUAAAGAAAAAAUAUAUUAUUGUGGAGAAGUGGGAUUUUUGUACAUAGUAAUGUUCCUUAGCUGGGGUGUGAAGAACUUUUGAGUUCUUGAGUUGAAGCACGCUAUGGCAUUUUUAUGUUUGUUUUAUCUGUUGCUAGUUGGGUUUCUAUCGAAGUCCCAGAUAGUGGUUGCGCAGGUCAAUGUUCAAACUACAUUGUUAGCCAUUGGUAAAGAGCUUGAGGUUCCUGGGUGGGGUGACAACGGCACAGAUUUCUGCAACUGGCGUGGCAUUGGUUGCAAUUUGAAUCAUUCAUUGGUUGAAAGGCUUGCUCUUUCAAGGCUUGACCUUCGAGGUAAUGUGUCUUUGAUCUCUGAGCUCAAAGCUUUGAAGCAGCUUGAUCUUUCUGGCAAUAACUUUCAUGGUCCAAUUCCUUCGGCUUUUGGCAAUUUAUCUCAGCUUGAGUUUCUUGAUUUGUCUUUGAAUAAGUUUGAAGGUUUGAUUCCCGGGGAGUUGGGUAGUCUUAGAAGCCUUAAGUCGCUGAACCUUUCCAAUAACUUGCUUUUAGGAGAGAUACCUCAUGAGCUUCAGGGUCUAGAAAGGUUAGCAGAAUUUCAAAUUUCUAGUAAUAGCUUCAAUGGUUCCAUUCCUUCUUGGGUGGGUAAUUUGACAAGCCUGAGAGUUUUCACUGCCUAUGAGAAUGAAUUGGGUGGUGAAAUUCCUGAUAAUCUAGGUUCGGUCUCUGAGUUGAAGUUGUUGAACCUUCAUUCCAACCAGCUUAAAGGGCAAAUACCUAGUAACAUUUUUGCUAUGGGAAAGUUGGAAGUUUUAGUUCUUACCCAGAAUAGAUUGAGUGGAGGACUUCCUGAGCUAGUCGGAAACUGCAAAAGCCUUUCUAAUAUCCGUAUUGGGAACAAUUAUCUUGAAGGAGUUAUUCCUAAGGCAAUUGGGAAUGUUAGUAGCCUUACAUAUUUCGAAGCAGACGACAAUCAUCUAUCUGGUGAUAUUAUCUCAGAGUUUGCUCAGUGCUCUAAUCUCACACUUCUAAAUCUGGCGUCAAAUGGAUUUAGUGGAGUUAUUCCUCCUGACCUUGGACAGCUUGUAAAUUUGCAGGAAUUGAUUCUUUCAGGUAACAGUUUGUUUGGAGAUAUCCCAAAACCAAUUCUUGGGUGCAGGAGUCUUACCAAGCUAGAUCUUAGCAACAAUAGAUUAAAUGGCACCAUACCGAGUGAAAUUUGCAACAUGUCAAGACUGCAGUACUUGCUGUUGGGUCAGAAUUCAAUAAAGGGUGAGAUACCCCAUGAGAUUGGAAAUUGCAUGAAACUGCUGGAAUUGCAAAUGGGCAGUAACUAUUUGACUGGAAGUAUCCCUUCAGAGAUCGGUCGCAUCCGGAACUUACAGAUAGCCUUGAAUUUGAGCUAUAAUCAUCUCCAUGGAUCACUGCCUCCUGAAUUAGGGAAACUUGACAAGUUGGUUUCUUUGGAUGUAUCUAAUAAUCAGCUUUGUGGUACUAUUCCGCAAUCAUUCAAAGGCAUGUUGAGCUUGAUAGAGGUUAAUUUCUCAAAUAAUCUGCUAAGUGGCCCAAUGCCCACUUUUGUACUAUUUCAAAAGAGUCCAAAUUCAAGUUUUUUGGGGAACAAAGGGCUCUGUGGAGAACCAUUGAGCUUAUCAUGCGGAAAUUCUUAUGCUUCUGGCCAUGAGAAUUACCAUCACAAGGUUUCUUACAGAAUCAUACUAGCUGUUAUUGGUUCUGGUUUGGCAGUAUUUGUCUCAGUAACUGUAGUUGUCCUUCUGUUUAUGAUGAGGGAGAGACAAGAAAAAGCUGCCAAAACUGCAGGGGUUGUUGAUGAUGUAGCCAAUGACCAGCCAACAAUAAUAGCAGGCCAUGUCUUUGUUGAAAAUCUCAGACAAGCAAUAGAUUUGGAUGCCCUUGUUAAAGCAACUCUAAAGGAUUCAAAUAAGCUCAUGAAUGGAACUUUCAGCACAGUUUACAAAGCAGUCAUGCCUUCUGGGAUGAUAUUAUCAGUAAGGAGGCUGAAAUCGAUGGACAGAACCAUUAUUCAUCACCAGAACAGGAUGAUUAGGGAGCUUGAAAGACUGAGCAAGCUCUGUCAUGAGAAUUUAGUGCGACCUAUUGGAUAUGUAAUUUAUGAAGAUGUUGCUCUUUUGCUGCAUCAUUAUUUACCAAAUGGGACAUUGGCUCAGCUUGUUCAUGAGUGUAGCAAGCAAUCUGAGUAUGAACCUGACUGGCCUACAAGACUAUCCAUUGCCAUUGGAGUAGCAGAAGGAUUGGCUUUUCUUCAUCAUGUGGCAAUCAUCCAUCUUGACAUUUCUUCAGGAAAUGUUCUUUUAGAUGCUGACUUCAGGCCCUUGGUUGGGGAGAUUGAGAUAUCAAAGCUCUUAGAUCCAUCCAAAGGCACUGCAAGUAUCAGUGCAGUUGCAGGCUCCUUUGGCUAUAUUCCCCCAGAAUAUGCAUAUACAAUGCAAGUUACUGCACCAGGAAAUGUCUAUAGCUAUGGGGUAGUAUUGCUAGAGAUCCUAACAACUCGACUACCAGUUGAUGAGGACUUUGGUGAAGGGGUAGAUUUGGUUAAGUGGGUGCAUGGAGCUCCAGCAAGAGGAGAGACUCCAGAGCAGAUACUUGAUGCAAAGCUCAGCACCGUUUCCUUUGGUUGGAGGAGAGAAAUGCUGGCAGCUCUGAAGGUGGCAUUACUCUGCACAGACAGCACACCAGCGAAGCGGCCAAAAAUGAAGAAGGUAGUUGAAAUGCUUCAAGAAAUAAAGAAAACUUGAUGGAAGUUUGUCAUCUCAGUUACCUGCAUACUGAAACUAUUGAUCAUGAUUCUGGUAAAUGACUCAUCUUAUGGAAACCUUUUCUAAAUAUUGCUGCCCAGAGGUGAAAGAGGGGAGUCUGUAAAUGUUGGUUCAGGAUUUAAUCUGUCUGCUUGCCAUGUCUAAAGUGUUUAUGAGCAAUGGCAGAUUAUAAACUCUUUGAGUUCGAGGCAGAAUAGAUGGAGGGUUAAUGAAAGAUGUUGCUCAAUUAGAAAUAUCUCUCUAUGAGGUUCUGUUGCAUAUUAGGUCUGCAAUACUGAGGUUUCGAACUUUGAAAUUUCUGUUGGAAACAUAUGUCAACAAUCAACUACAGCUUCUCUUUGAAUGAAUUUCCAUCAUACUCUUUAAAAUCUUGCCAA